AUGGCUUGUGGAAACAAUGAUUUGAGCGAUGCAUUAUCAAAACUAUCAAUUGCAAGUCAGCAGUCAGCAAGUAAUAAUGGUAUAAUGAAUUUUGCUGAAUUAGUUCCAACUUCAAUAAACCUUGACGAUUCAUUUCGAUGUCAAUUGCCGUUCAAAGAAUUAAUUGAACAACGACUAAGUCAAAAAUAUUUUCACGAAUUAUUGUCUAUGAUGGAACAAAAAAAGAAAAUUUAUGAUUUUCAUAUGCGUUUACGAAAUCAAAAUCAACACGGUUUCACCGUAGAUUUUAUAUACAAAGAUGUUGAUGAUCGUCCUGGUCCAGCUACAGCUGAUGUAUGCAUGUCUUGUGAUAUGAACAACAAAUUAUCAGAGCUUAGUCUGAUUAAAGAAAAUUCAACUACACGCAUUUGGUUAGAUGCACAACUCAGAAAAAAGCUAAUUGUGACACCACGACAACACAUAGAAAGACUUACAGAAUUGUCAGAAGAAGACUUGGAGCAUUUUUGGCAGAAUGCACAAGUCAUAUUAGAUGAAGAAGGAUGUGAUUGGAGAAAUAAUCAUCAUGGUGAUGAAAAUCUUGAUUCUCCUAUAGCAAAACAUGGUCUUAAUGGAGUAUUUCUAAGAACUUUUAUAAUAACAGCAAUGAAAUGA